CCACUUUGCUCGCAGACGCUGAGGUUUAUGGGAAGAAAGAUCAAGAAUCGAGAUGGCUGUUGAGAAUUAGCGUCGUUAAGGGGGAUUAUCCCUUUCUGGAGCUGAUUCCCAUGAUUGAACUACUCGUUUAUUGUGCGUAAAACCGACAGACGUUACCGUGUGGAACUGCACCCUCUGCCGCUCUCCCCGGGCUUCCCCAGCCGAGGCAGGGGUCCGGCGGUCCGCCUGAGUGAUGGUCAUCCACUGUUUGUUCCGUGAAGAUGGAUGAGAAGUCCAACAGCGGCCACCAGCGACUUUCCAUCGUCCUGCUCAUGGUGCUGAUCUUCGGCGUCAUCAUGGUCCAGUACGUGUGCCCCAGCAGGUCCGAGUGCCGCGUGCUCCACCGCUUGGGCUCCUGGUUUACCGUCGGCGGUGCGACUCGUGCCCGGCUGGGUGAAAACAGAAUGCAAGACAAGCCGCAAAAAGACCCGUACAUCGCAGAGGACGGCGCUCUGGCCCGCUUCGUCCCCCGUUAUAACUUCACCGAAGCGGACCUGAACCGCGACGUUGAUUUCAACAUGAAGGGGGACGAUGUUAUAGUGUUCCUGCACAUCCAGAAGACGGGGGGCACGACCUUCGGCCGGCACCUGGUGCGGAACAUCAAGCUCGAGAGGCCCUGUGAGUGUCACGCGGGUCAGAAGAAGUGUACGUGUUUUCGGCCUGGGAAGAAGGAAACCUGGCUCUUUUCACGUUUUUCCACCGGUUGGAGCUGCGGGCUCCAUGCAGACUGGACCGAGCUGACCAGCUGUGUCCCCUCACGCAUGGACUCACAAGAGACUCACAAAAACCUGCCCAGAAGACACUAUUACUACAUAACGAUCUUAAGAGAUCCGGUGUCACGCUACCUCAGCGAGUGGCGUCAUGUGCAGCGAGGUGCAACAUGGAAGGCCUCCUUACACGUGUGCGACGGACGUUCGCCGACGUUAUCGGAGCUUCCAAAUUGCUACCCAGGAGAUGACUGGUCGGGUUGCUCCCUGCAGGAGUUCAUGGACUGUCCCUUUAACCUGGCCAACAACAGACAGACCCGCAUGCUGGCCGACCUGAGUUUGGUGGGUUGCUACAACGUCUCAGCUAUGAGCGACGAGGACCGCUGGGCGGUGCUUCUGGAUAGCGCAAAACGCAACCUAAGAGGGAUGGCCUUCUUUGGUCUGACUGAGUACCAGCGUAAGACCCAGUACCUCUUUGAGCGAACCUUCAACCUGGAGUUCAUCGCCCCGUUCACGCAACUGAACGGCACCCGUGCUUCCAGCGUCGAGGUUCCUCCUGAGACGCAGCGCAGGAUCCGCCAGCUGAACCAAUGGGACGUGGAGCUGUAUGAGUACGCCCGCGACCUUUUCCUGCAGCGAUUCCAGGUGGCGAGGCAGCAGGAGCGCAGGCAGACCAGAGAGAGGCGACAAAUGGAGAGGAGGCGGCUUCGUGGAAGGUUGGCAACAAAGCAGGGGAGGCGGCUGAAGCCCACUGAAAUGACACGUGUGACCGAUGAGGAGAAAGCAACGGAGAGCACUGUGGAGUCAGAGGUGCUACUCCAAGACUGGUGGGAUCUGGAUGAGAAUAGCACCACAGAGGACUACUCGGACAAUGUGGAACAGUGGUAGCAGUUGGCGGUCUGAUUACAGAGCGUGCCAAGUUUUGCCUUGUUUGUUUUCACUAAUUCAGGAUUUUUUUUGAGUAAAUGCCUUUCUUCCCCAUUGUUUAUCCACUAUUUUAGACAACACUUUAAUUUAUUGAAACUCUAUGUCUUUGUUAAAGCUGAUGUUUCUUUGAUGCUUUUAUUUUUUUAAGGAAAAGUUUUAUAAAAUUCAGUGGCAACACUAGCCAUCUACAAUAUUGUUUUGGACUUUUAACAUUUGAAUUCUUAUAAGGCUUAAAUCAAGAUGUUUUUUUUGUCACAACUAAUGGUGCGGGUACUAUAUGUUUAUUAAUUUAAAUGACACUACUUUCUGUAAUAACUAUGAGUUUGUCAAAUUGUCCAGUCAGAAAUGAAUACAUUUUGAAAUGUACUUGUGUUUUUAAGUGUCUUUUCAAUAGCAGAUAAGGAAAAUGGGAGUUUUCUUAGAUACCUCAAUUUGUAGCAUUAACCACUAAUGAUGUAAAAUAACAGAAUUUGUUUCUUUUUUAUAUAAAAUGCUUUUACACUCA